AAAUGUUUUAUACGAAAAAAUGGUUGUUCUUUUCAGUUUUGCUUGCCUCCGGUUAUCUUCUCUGGUCCCUGUGUAGUUUAUACCUUUCCUUCCCAUCAAUGAAAGCUUCUUCCGAAUUCCGUCAUCGGAAAAUCGCCUAAGCGCUCGUGACAUUUUGGCGAUUGGAAACCCUAACCACUCUCCCUUUCUCUGUUGGUGCGAGUGAAAUUCUUAUAGAGUUUACUUGUAUGAGUUAUGCGACUUCCUUCAAUGAUAAUUUUAUAUUUUUUAAAAGUAACCAAUUUGUUAUUCAACGGAAAGGACCCUUCAGUCUUCACAGAGUGACCGAUGUUUGCUUGGAAGACGCUCGCUAUUUACGAAUUAUAUGUAGUUCUUUUUUUUUUUUUUUUAAUCUUCUUUGAUUGCAGAAAAUCUCUGUAAUACUGAACAAAUUUGGAAGUGUUCUUGUACUGCUGUUUCUCUUUUUCUUAUUUUCGUUGUUUCUUUUGUGAAGAAGAAUUUCCUUUUUUUUCACCUGUUGGAGACAGAUUACUGGAUCUGGCUAGCCUUCAGCAGAUAUGCAGAUGUUGAUACAGAGUUGCACUCAGAAGAGUAUGCUUUUUUCGAAGGUUUUUAUGAAAUAUCCUUAUUGUUCUCUCAGCUAUCAUACUGCUACAUUCUUUCUUGUGGGUUCUAGGCGAACCUUUAUAUGAGUACUGAGCAAAGUUGCAAUCUUUAUCAACAGGGUAACUAGGUUGCUGAGGUCAUUAUAAGGACUACUUUCAGACUUCUCAUUGAUUUCUGAACAUUCAAUUUGUUUUUUAAUGAGCAUGUUUCUAUGCAGUUGGAACCCAAAAAAAUUAUCCACCUACAUCCCUAUCUGCUUUCUAAAAUAUUUUUUAUGUGAGCAUUGUUAUGAUUCUUGGAAUUGUUAUUCUGAAUUAAGUUGUGUCUUUGUCUUAGUUGCAUUUAUUCAUUUUCAGGUUUUACUGAGUUCUGCUAAAAAUAGCUUCUGCAAUAAUCGUCUUGUUUCGGCAGCCUCGAAACUACAAAGAGCAUCUUACAUAACUUCAGAGUACAGAACUUACAGAAGAUCUUCUACUGUGUCUGGUGAUGCUUCAAGGAGCUUUCCUAGUGGUGAUGCCAAUUUGCAUCCUGAUCCUAGGAGUUAUGAAGUUGUGGUUGCUGCAACUCAUGAUAUGGGCAUUGGGAAGGAUGGGAAGUUACCAUGGAGAUUACCAUCUGACCUUAAUUUUUUCAAGAAGCUUACAUUGACCACAUCAAAUCCUGGGAAAAAGAAUGCAGUGGUGAUGGGUAGGAAAACAUGGGAGAGCAUUCCCCUCAGGUACAGACCCCUACCAGGACGCUUGAAUGUUGUCCUGACUCGCUCUGGAAGUUCUGAUAUUACAGCUGCAGAAAAUGUUGUAGUUUGUGGAAGCAUACCAUCAGCUUUGGAAUUAUUAGCAGAAGCACCUUACUCUUUCUCAAUUGAGAGGGUGUUUAUUAUAGGAGGUGGUCAGAUAUUGAGGGAAACAAUUAAUGCACCAGGAUGUGAUGCCAUCCACAUUACUGAAAUUGAGACCAGCAUCAAAUGUGACACCUUCAUUCCAGCUGUUGAUUCUUCUCUAUUUCAGCUUUGGUAUUCUUCUCUGCCAUUAGUGGAAAACAAUAUUCGAUAUUCUUUUGUGACUUAUGUUCGUGUAAAGAAUUCAGAAAAAUAGAACUCAUUUUGAAAGAACUGCAGCAAAGUCUAAUGGUAAUCUAUUCAACCAGUUUUGAGAAUUUUUCCCAGUCUUCCAAAGUUUAUCUUUGAGAAACACAAUGGGUAUAUAUAUCUAAGAUUAGUUGAGAAAAUUAUUUCAAGUGGAACCCUGAAAGAUGACCAGACAGGGAGUGGUACUCCAUCAAAAUUUGGGUGUCAGAUGCAUUUCAAUCUGCGCCGAUCUUUUCCACUUUUUACAACCAAGGGAGUGUUUUGGGGAGGAGUUGUUGAAGAACUUCUAUGGUUUAUUAGUGGUUCAACAAAUGCAAAGGUUCUACAGGAGAAAGAUGUUCACAUAUGGGAUGGAAAUGCUUCCAGAAACUACCUUGACAGUAUUGGCCUGAAAAAUAGAGAAGAGGGUAACUUAGGACCCAUAUGUGGCUUCUAAUGGAGACAUUUUGGUGCUAGAUAUACAGACAUGCAUGCUGAUUACACUGGCCAAGGAUUUAAUCAACUAGAUGAUGUUAUUGACAAGAUUCUGAGGAUAAAUCCCCAUAAAAUGGAGAUUGGUUCAUUUCGGGCAUCAGACUUUGAACUUAUAGGUUAUGAUCCCUAUGAGAGAAUUGACAUGAAAAUGGCAGUGUAGAUCUCUAAAGCAGAACGAACUACGGGUGGAUAUAUUGUCAAGGGUUGAAGAAGAAUAUUCCUCAACAGCUUGGGGGAUGAAUGAGAUUUUUGGCUAUGGAACAAAAGAGAAUGGCAGAAGCUGCCUGUUUCAGUUUUGGGGAGAGCUGGCAUGUUAUUGUUCUUCUUCUACAUCUUCAAGCGUAUAGACGUUAAGGCUUUUGUUGGACUUUGGCUUGAAGAACUAGUAUUCUCUCAUUGUCUCUGAUGAUUUCGAACUCAUUGCCACUGAUGAUUUCGAAAUUAGAGUAAAGGAUUUGAAUAACGUUAUUCGUGCCCCCAAUAAACAAACAGAUUAUUAAUCCA